UGAGGAUCGCCGAUGUCGAUUCAGCAAGCUCUUGUUUUGCAUACACCCGCCUCCCUCAAAUGGACCGCAGCCCAAGAAAAGAGUCUGAGCAGAGACUACCCAUUACAAGACCACGAUCCAGCGGACCCAGGCCUCUUCGUCCAGCGCACUUACCUUCACUUCCUAUGGCUUCCUCACUCAAUUAUGCCGCUCUCUAUCUUCAUUCCCUCUCUUCUUCGCAUCCAAGCACCUCCAGAUGUCGCAGAAGACCAGCCACAUCCUCUUCACGCCUUUAUCGAACCUCUUCUCCUUUCCCUUCGCGCAGCCGCGAACAAGUACCACAAUGAGCUCCCUCAGAUUCUUGCCGAUGGCGGCGGUGCAGGCGAAGCAGAGGAGGGUGUGAUGUGGUAUGCUCUGGGGUAUGAGAAAACCGAUGCUAGCGCGGAGCGUAGCGAACACCUCAACCGAGAAGACACUGUAUUGUUAGAAGACAAAUGGAGAUCCAGCUGGCUCGAACGCAUGGAGCAGCGUGAAGUCCAGAUCCAGAUCCUGCUUUAUUUCCUCAAGCUCUCUCUUCCCGGACCAUGCACCCCGUUACCGCCUGUCGAAGUACCACCCACCGAUAAUAUAUUUUUCAUCUCGCCCGUCAAACCAAGUCGCAUACGGAAAAAGAAGAAAGAAAAACCGAAUUUGAUCAUCCCGUCCCCCAUCGAGCGUCUCGAGUCCUUCAUGGACAAACUGUCAAUGUGGCAGCUCGUAUCCCUCAUGGAUACUUCGCGCACUGAAGCUGCGCAUGGAACUCGCCAUAAGAAUGAACGUGACUGGAUGCAGGCAUUUUGCGAGGACGUAGUUGAACCUCUGUUCAAAUCAAAGCUCCCAGAGCAGUGCACCCUCCUCCGUUCCAAACUCUUCCCAAACUCUCCCUUCUCCGACGAACCCCCGUCUCCCGGACCUUCUACAGAGAAAAUCCUCCCGGGUUCUCGUUCUCGUCAUUCAUCAUCCACUACCGCAGCGGGGCUACAAAGUGCUGUGACCACAAAGGCCCUUACUCGCACUCGCUCGCUCUCUGUCUCCCUCGCCCAGGAGAAAGAAAAGGAACGCGCAGCAAGCGUAGGCGCGACGCAGGACAAGGCACUCCAACGCGCGCUAACCCGACAAAUCAGCAUGUCUCGUGCAUGGAAAGGGAAAGAUCGGUCGACGAGUGCGAUUUCACAGAUAGAUACAAAGGCGCCGGCUGCAACGGCAAAGCGCACUAUUGGUCGGACCGAUUCCCAGUCCCAGUCAUCCCAAUCUCGCGCAGCGCCAGCGAUCACCCUCGUCACCGCAACGCCUGUGAAGAAACCACCUUCCCGUACCAAGUCGAACGCGUCAGCUCGGAGCUCGAGUCCUAUACCCAUGGCCAGGAACUCGAGUUCACGUCCAACAGAGAGAAGUUCGAGUCCGCACACCACUGGAAGAUCUUCGAGCCCUCCAACUGCCCGCAGCUCGAGUCUUACGCCGCUCGGCACAGACGACGAGCGUCCUUCUGCGGCUGUCCCUUUACUUGACUUCUCUGAUAGCCUGGGUAAUGUAAAGGACGAAGACGAUGCUGAUGAGGAAAUGUGGCUCCCAAACUCUUCACCUGAUGUGUUGCUGCUCGGCAAGAACGGGUGGGUGGGUAGUUCCAAGAAACGCGUCCCGUCAGUUGCGUCAGAAGUACUGGCUUCGGAUACACCUGUUAGGAAGCGGAUGAGGCUUGGGAGAUAGGAGCGUUGGUUUAUCCUGCGGGAGGAGAGCUGAGUGGCGGGUGAUGUUUAUCCAUUAUUUCUUCUCACAGCGGCGCUAAUGCUAUGUCGGUUUAGUAGAUCGAGUCGUAAAGGCAUUUGUGUAGGUUAUCGAUUGCUUCGUGCAUCAUCACAUUGGACCGCAGCUAUAGUCAAAUCCUCGGGUUUCCUCGGGUUGUACGUAGAUACUCUGAUAAUUUUUAUCCGCGCGGGAGUCGCGUGUACACAAUUACAUUUUUUCACCGCCUA